CAUCCGCGUCCACGCGGGUCUGCUCGGCCGCCUAUCCGACGUGCACCUUCUUCUGCACUCCUCGGGUACUGGGGAUCACGCUCAUCACCUCGGACGCGAGGGCGGGGCGAGUCGCCGGUGCUCAGUCACUGUUCGACGGAAUGCCUGCAAGGAAUGUUGUGCGCCCUGGUGAAUGGGUUUUCGAUAUUACAGUCGUUAAGCCAUCUGCAUUUGUGGAAUAUGGAUUGGGUUGUUUGGAGCAACUUGCUGAUUAUGGGGAUCAUAGUGCAAGAUCAGUUCGCAAUAACCUGAGAGUCAUGGUAGCAGGAGGUGAUGGUACAGUAGGUUGGGUGCUGGGAUGCUUAGGAGAACUAUAUGUGCAGAACCGGGGACCGGUUCCUCCAGUUGCUGUCAUACCCCUUGGAACAGGAAAUGAUCUUUCCAGGAGUUUUGGUUGGGGUGCUUCAUUUCCUUUCUCAUGGAAAGCAGCUGCUAAACGAUCUCUCUACAAGGCUAUUUUGGGCACAGUUUCAUGUUUAGACAGUUGGCACAUCGUUGUUUCUAUGCCAGAAGAAGGAGAAGAACAAGAACUGGAUCUUCCCCACUCCCUUAGGCACCUCGGAGAGUGUACAUUUUAUGAUGAUGGCACUGCUGAGGGAGAGUUGGCUGAGACAGUUUGUUGCUUUGACGACGUCUUCUACAAUUACUUCAGCAUAGGGAUGGAUGCUCAAGUGGCUUACGGAUUUCACCAACUACGUGAUGAAAAGCCAUUCCUUGCCAGUGGUCCUUUAUCUAAUAAGUUAAUUUACGCAGGAUACACCUGCAAGCAAGGGUGGUUCUUUACACAGUGUAUUAGUGACCCGGAACUACGGGGACUGACAAACAUUAUCCGUUUAUCAAUAAAGAAGAUGGACAGUUCUGAGUGGGAGCACAUCCCUGUACCAUCAAGUGUAAGGGCUAUUGUUGCGUUAAACCUUCACAACUAUGCAAGUGGAAGGAACCCAUGGGGAAAUUUGAAGCCUGAAUACUUGGAAAAGAAAGGAUUUGUCGAAGCCCAAUCAGAUGAUGGCCUUCUUGAAAUAUUUGGGUUGAAGCAAGGGUGGCAUGCAUCCCUUGUGAUGGUUGAACUUAUAUCUGCCAAACACAUAGCACAUGCAGCAGCAAUCCGGUUAGAGAUCAAAGGUGGCCAAUGGAGGGAUGCAUAUAUGCAAAUGGAUGGGGAGCCAUGGAAGCAACCACUGAGCACCGAGUAUUCGACAUUCGUUGAUAUCAAGAGGGUACCUUACCCAUCAAUGAUCAUCAGCGGUGCAGAUCGCUAAUGAGAGCCGACGAUUUUAUGUGCUCGCCCAGCUGGACCUGCAAAGAGCAGUUUUCAGCUUCCAGCCCGGAAGCUCGAUGAAUUACAAGCUCAAUCCUGAUCAUCCUCGUGCAAAGCCGUAACAAUAUAUGAAGCUGUGGAUACAUAGAAUUUGUAUAGCAACGACAGAAUGUAGCCAUGCCACUGCUUUGAUCUGAGUUAUGAACUUAAUAUCAUGUGUACAGGAUGAAGUUGCUCUUGCAAAUUGUUCAGUAAUUCGAGGGUGAUACUGACAAUUUUGUUGUAAAAGUGAAGCUUAAGACAAACUAAUUUUUUUGCCAAGUACUCC